AGGGACACACCCACCCCUCAUUUAAUAGUCCCCACGCGUUUCCACUACCUCUCGCCCUCUCUCUCCUCUCUUCGAUUUCCAAUUCGGAGGCUAACCCUGCGGCGGUGAUGGCGGCCACGGCAAAGUACAACCGGAGCAACCCGGCGGUGAAGCGGAUCCUGCAGGAGGUCAAGGAGAUGCAGUCCAACCCCUCCCCCGACUUCAUGGCCCUCCCCCUCGAGGAGGACAUCUUUGAGUGGCAAUUUGCUAUCCUGGGGCCACGGGACAGCGAGUUUGAGGGCGGAAUCUACCACGGCAGGAUCCAGCUGCCUUCAGACUAUCCAUUCAAGCCACCAUCCUUCAUGCUACUCACGCCAAGUGGACGAUUUGAGAUUCAGAAGAAGAUAUGUUUGAGCAUAUCUAAUUACCAUCCCGAGCACUGGCAGCCAUCAUGGAGUGUGCGCACAGCACUAGUUGCCUUGAUUGCAUUCAUGCCAACAAACCCUGGUGGCGCAUUGGGCUCACUGGACUACAAAAAAGAAGAUAGACGUGCACUUGCUAUAAAAUCACGUGAAGCACCACCAAAAUUUGGUUCCCCAGAACGUCAGAAACUAAUUGAUGAGAUCCAUGAGCAAAUGCUCAGUAAGGCACCACCUGUUCCUCUACAGCUAACAAAUGACCCUAAUGAGGAGUCCAACCAAUUAUCUGCGUCUGACUCUUCUGUUGAGCAUGUGGACAAGACAGCUGAAGGUGACAACACAUCAGGGUCCAUGUCUGGCUCCUUAAGUGACAUUCCUGAGCCUGAAUCUUUGUUGGAAGUUGCAGAAAACACUGGUGAAGCCCUGGUAGAUGAGGUUACCAACCAUCAUAUGGCUGAAGCGAGCCAUAGAGAAAACAUUCCAAUAGUUCCUUCGGUGCCACAGAAUCCUGCUGUUGCGAUCCAGAAGCCAAAGCAUGACAGGCUAUUGACCUUGGCUGCAUUUGGGCUGACUCUUGCUAUUAUGGCCCUUGUGAUCAAGAAGUUUUUAAAAAUCAAUGGCCAUGCCGGUUACAUCGAGGGCAAGUUCUGAGUAGGUUUGUGCAUAAGUUGGAUAAGAGAAUACCGCAUUCUGCGUCAUAGUGGCUAUGUUAUGCUCUACUAUAAUUUAUAACCCCCUAAGAAUUGUAAAUGGCCGCUGUAUAUAUAUAUAUAUAUAGAUGGAAUCAAAGUGGGACGGUACUAUCAAUAUUCCAUUGUAUGUAGUACACUCGAUGGAAAAUUGCCGAGGUUUUGCAUCA